CAUCACAGGUAACCUUGGGAAAAGAGAGAGAGAGAUGUGGGUCCUCAGUUGUUAGAGCUGGUUGUCAUGGAGAGAGUCAGCAUGUCUCAGGCAUACUGAAAAGAAACUUGAAUCCUCGCAAGCCAUCAUGGGAAGGAGGGAGGGAGGCCAGAGUUUGCUCUGCAGGGACUGGGAGAUUGGCAUGGUGACAAUUUCUUACAUUUUCCUACAAAAGGCCUCCAUCAAAUUGCACGUCUGAAAGCUAUAUAUGUACAUGACCUUGAAAAAUGUUUGUUGUACUCUACGAAGAAAGCCUGCACAUAAAAAGUCUUUUAAAUAAGAAACCCUUGAAAAUUUCACCAAAUGAACUUUCCUGCGUGAUGCUGACAUUUGACAGCAUUUGCGAAAGUGAUCUGUAGCUCCACAAAUCCUAUCCCAGAUCGUCAGCGUUCACUAGAAAAAUAUUACUGACUUUCAUCUCGAAAUGGACUCCCACCAGCUGAGCAGCAACCACUGAUGGCUCUGGAGGAAUCCUCUGUACUGGAGGCACAGCUCAGUCCAGAAGAAGGUGGACGGCAGGGCUCUAAGGUGCCCAACAAGAAAAAGAAGAAAUGGAAAGGAAAGGCAGAGGCAGAGGCACCCGGGGAACCUGAGAAGGAAGGCGAGGUGCCCUUGAGGAAAGAAGCCAAGAUUGAAGACCUCACCAAAGCUGGCCACCAGGCCCUGCAGCUUGGCGCUGUUGGAGAGGCCUUAUCCUGCUUCAAGAAGGCCUUUGCCCUCUCCUUGGAAACCUCAAGUGCUCAGGCCCGGAAGGUGUGUGCUUUCAACCUGGGCGCAGCCUAUGUGGAGGCCGGGAAGCCGGAGAAGGGCCUGGAGUUCCUCCUCAAAUCCCACUCUGAGGAAGGGGAAGCCGGGGAGCAUCUUGGGGACCUUUUCUUCAACGUUGGGGCAGCCCACGAAGGCCUGCGGGAUUUCCCCAAGGCCUUGGAGUCUUUCCGCAAGGCCCAGGAUCACUACCACUCGGUCCAGGCGGGCAGCGAGGCCAGCACCUACAUGAAGAUGGGCUACUGCUACCUGGGCAUGGAAGACCCUUCGCGGGCUGCCCAGUGCUUCCAGGAAGCCGGCCGGGCCUACGUGGAAGUCGAGAGCCUAGAAGCUGCCGCAGUGGCCCUCAGCAAAGCCGGCAACUAUAUGCUUCAGAGCGGAGAGCAUGGCGCCAGCGAGAUCGUCAAGGUGUUGAACGAGUGCCGUUUGCUGUGUGAGCGUCUCUCAAACAAAGCUCUGCUGGGAAAACUCUAUAAUGACAUUGGGCUCUGCUUCUCCCAGCUCAAGAUCUUCUCCUUGGCAGCAGAAAGCUUUGAGAGAGCUCUUCCACUCUGCCAAACCGAUGCUGACGGCCGGUGUGAAGAAGCAGUCGUCCUUCAGAACCUUGGGGCUGCCCAUAACACCCUUGGGAACUUCCGGAAGGCUCUGGGGUUUCACCGGAGGGCCGCCUCACUACACAGUGCCCUGGGAAACAGGAGAGCUCAGGGACAGUGUUUUGGCAACUUGGCCUAUGCGCUGAGCCAACUGGAUGACCACGAAGCUGCUGGUGAACAUUAUCUUCAUGCGCUCCAAGCCUUCAAGGACUCAGGUGACCUUCCAGGCCAAUGGCAAGCUUACGAAGGGCUUGGGGCAUCACACGCUCACCUGAGAGACCCUGGCAAAGCCAUUUUGUAUUACAAAGAGGCACUUACCUUGCUCUCUAAAUGCCAGGAUGUCUCAGGAACAGCCCAGGAGCGAAUUGUGAACAAACUUACAGAUGCCCUCCAGAACAAACUGUCUAUGAACAGCAAUUUCUUCCAUGGUGGGGGGAUUCUUCCGUCUGCUUCCAUGAAACAGCUUCCUACAUCACAGACCUCAAGCCAGGUUCGAUUUGCUAUGUUGCCCCAUCGUAAGAAUGAGAGCCUCCCUCCCACGCUGUGCCACGCCAGCGAAUCCUCUGUCACACAACAAUGCCACCAGGCGCAGCCCAUAGAAGAGCAGUCUGCACUGGCCCCAUGGAACCAGAGAUCUUCUCAGUGGGGGGAAAUGGUAGUCCCUCAUAGCAGCCAUCUGAAACCACAGCAGGCUGCCCAUGGAGCAUCAGUGUUGGUUGCUGCAACACAUGGAGACAGGAUCUCCACUCCUGGAAUUCCGAACGGACGUGCCAUGUUUGUCAGCAGUAGCACUGAAGACACCAAGCAGCCCAUGGGGACUUCUGCCUGUCGCAACCAGACACAGGCUAACAGCAAUCUCAAUGCUUUUCUGCACCUGGAUCCCUCCUGUCACAGCUGCUUACAGAACAGGAAGUCCCACAAUUCACAACUAACAGGCCCCCACGAGUGCGAGUCUGGUCAACUGAGAGCAAGGGUCUUGGAGAGGGCUGCUCCAGCUCCUGCCAGACCCUUUGCCAGCCAAAGUUUGGAGCCUCGCCGCCAGCAAGGAUGGGGGGACAGGUUCAAGUCCAUAAUAUGUGCUCUGAUGUGACAGGUGUGUCUUGCUGCUGAAUUGACUGUCUGGUGGGAGCUUUAGAAGGGUAUUGAUGCUCUUCUGGUCCAAACCACCAUUCGUAAACUGUGGCACACCGCUUCUCUGAGGAACACAAGUGCUCUUCCGGGCCCGGCCAAAGUGGGACCACCUAGUCCGGCAUCCUGUUCUCAGCACUGGCUGGCCGAGUGCUUCUGGGAAGUUCACGCACAAGGCAUGAAGUCCACCCCAGGAUUAAUUGGGUCCCUCAACAUCAUUGGUGCUCUGAUAACACCAGUUUAGUCACAUUGGAAACUGCCUUGUUAGACCACAGAUCCAACUGGCUCACGGCUCACUACUAGAUAUGUGCACAAAAUUUCUUACAAAGUAUUGUGUCUUUAAUGAGAUGAUCAAAAUUACAUAUCAACACAUCACAAACCCUC